AUGACCACGGCAGCCGAACGCGACCUCGGGUCAGAAACCCUCGGCCGUACCCCAACCCAAUUUAUCAACCGCCACGGCGGCAAUAAUGUCUCUGAGACGCCCGGUUCACCUACGGGCAGCGAUUCGGGGGCGUUGCCUCCGUCUCCGAGCGAUAUCCUCCUCGUCCGCUACGCAGGUUGGCUGACGCUGGUCCGCUCGCUGAUCACCCAGUUCGAAGACCAGUCGACCUUGGAGAAGUACAUGGUCCAGACUCACACAAAGUCCGUCAAGGAUUGGACGUCUCACCCUUUGCGCGACAUUGAAUCGGCUUUCAACCCGGAGCAGACCGGAUCUUCCACCAAAUCAACCUCUGGUGUCCACAACCUUACGAAAGAGAUCCGGGACUCCAACAGCAAACUGGCUUCUGAUCACGACGCAUUGUACAAAGUCCUUGCGUCGCAGACUCUCCCUGCGUUGAAGACGAUUGAGAAGGAUGUGCAUCAGAGGAUGGGAGCAAUGAUGCAGGAGGAGAAGGAUCGGAGGAAGGAAAAGGACAAGGACGAGAGGGAAUUGAGGCAUCUGAUCAAGGACUUGAAGAAGGCCCUCAGCGCAGCACGAGGCACCGUUGACAUCCAGCCUUGGGCUGCCGGAGACCCGUGGUUGAUCAACAUUGCUAUUCAGCGCCAUCUUGCCGACGCGAACCUCAAAUACCGCAGUCACACCUCCACUCUGGAAGGCAUCGAGCAGAGCUUUGGUGUUUGGGAGAAGAACCUGAUCAACAACCUCAAAUCGGCUCUCCUCGCCUACACUUCUCUUGACCCGACCGUCAUCUUGGCUGGGUCGGCUGGCCACACACAAAACGUUGCUCUGAGCCCCACCGCCAACCUGCAUCGCGCGAUUCAAGCCAUCGAAGCCGAGAAAGAAUGGGAAAUGUACCGCUCAACGCAGCUGGCGCGCACCAUCCCCCCAACCGGCGAACAAUCUGCGACAGAGCGCGAGGCGUUCAUGCACGACUACCCCGGCGCCGACGACCCGCUCGUGCAGCUAGUGAAGGAAGGUCCCAUGCAGCGGAAAUCCAAGAUUCUCAAAAAGUGGCAUGAGAAGUGGUACUGCCUCACAGCUGCCGGCUGGUUGCAUGAGUUCGAAGACAGGCCCAACAUCGACACAACCGCCGCCUCCUCUCACCACUCCCACCUCCACGUUCGCCCGCCGCCCAAGAUGAGCCUUUGGUUGAGGCAGUGCACCAUGACCGAAAUGGGCAUGGGCGGCAAAAUCAGCGCUGCAGAGUUCCACCUCGCCCACGUCAACCCGCACUCCUUGGUCCUUGGCCGCAAACACCACACCUACAAGUACUCGACCAACAGCGUGUCCGACUCGACCGCGUGGUUCACCGCCAUCGCCCCGCACGCCAACAGACGUCCCUCAGAGCCAAACUCGCACGGAGGGUCUUUCGUCGGAGUACCUAUCGCGGCAGGAGCGGCAGCCGCCGAACAACCGGCCGCUACGUCCACUCUGGGCCGCAACAACACCGCCGCUCGUCGCCACUCCAUCGCAACAACCUCGACCGCCUCCUCCAUCGCUGAAGAGGAACAGCAGAGAUUGCCCCGCUCAUCUACCGUCAAGACCAACGAACCCUCGUCCCCACUUUACCCUACCGCCAACGACGAGCUGCCUGCUACCCACACGACCUCAGCAGGCGCUGCACCAACCCCGGCUAUCCCUUCCCCAUCCCCGGCUAGGAAGAGCCGCGAGCAUCUCCAGGCGCCUUACGAACCUAGCGCUGCCGCUCAGCAGCCCGCGUAUGCUACUACCGGCGCCGCGCCGGCGGCUGACGCCCCGCAUGUUGAGAAGAGGGAGAUGCCUGUUGUCGCGCAAUAA